CCUCCAACAAAGCUCUACUUGGUGGCUGUAACCUCUCAGAGAGAAGUUGUAAAGCUCUGUCCUCAGUUCUCAGCUCUCAGUCCUCUAAUCUGAGAGAGCUGGAUCUGAGUAACAACAACCUGCAGGACUCAGGAGUGAAGAUUCUCUCUACUGGACUGAAGAGUCUGUGCUGUACACUGGAAACUCUCAGUCUGUCAGGCUGUCUGCUCACAGAGGAAGGCUGUACUUCUCUGGCUUCAGCUCUGAGUUCCAAUCCCUCUCAUCUGAAAGAGCUGGAUCUGAGCUACAAUCAGCCCGGAGACUCGGGACUAAAACUGCUGUCGGCAGGAUUGAUGGAUCCAUCCUGGAGACUAGACACUCUCAGGGUGGAGCCUGCUGGAGUCCGAUGGUUGGAACCAAGUCUGAGAAAGUAUUCCUGUCAACUCACAAUCGACACAAACACAGUAAACACAAACCUCCAACUGUCUGACAACAACAGAACUUUGACACAUGUGGACGAGAUUCAAUCAUAUCCUGAUCAUCCAGACAGAUUUGAUCAACUUCCGCAGCUGCUGUGUAGAAAUGGUCUGACUGGUCGCUGUUACUGGGAGGUCGAGUGGAAAGGAGGGGUUCUCAUAUCAGUGAGUUACACAGGAAUCAGAAGGAAAGGAAACAGUAAAGAUGUUGUGUUUGGCUGGAAUGAUCAGUCCUGGUGUCUCUACUGCUCUGAUGAUGGUCCUGAUUCCGUCAGGCACAAUAACAAAGGAACAUCCAUCUCCUCCUCCUCCUCCUCCUCUGUCUCUAACAGAGUAGCAGUGUAUGUGGACUGUCCUGCUGGCACUCUGUCCUUCUACAGAGUCUCCUCUGACACUCUGAUCCACCUCCACACCUUCAACACCACAUUCACUGAAACUCUUUAUCCUGGAUUUAGAGUCUAUCCUGGUUGUUCUUUGAAAGUGUGUGUAGUUGAGGCAUAAGUGUCCUCCUGUUAGAGAAACACUCUGACUGUUGAACAGAUAGUUCAGUCUGUACAUGUCUGUCUCUUUCACUCAGAAACAUGUUUUCAGAUUCAUGGAUUCAAUCAGUUGAUGUUUGAAACUGUUCUAAAUGAUUCCUUGUAAACUUCUUCCUCUUCAGUCCUUUAAAGAUGGAAGCUCCCAUUAUUCCAGGAUCCAGGAUAUCCAGGAUACAGGAUCAUGUUGUUCUUCUGUCUUUUUCCACUCAAAGCUUCACAGUGAAUAUCAGUAUGUUGUGUUUCUCUGAAACUUAUGAAGGUCACUUUUAAAUAAUAUUAUAUAUAUCUAAUGAUUGAUUCGUGCUGUCAUUUAUGGUAUUUAUUAUAUAGUAAUACUAAAUCAAAGCUGCUGACUUGUGACUGUACAAAAUAGAUGUGAUUUGAGUAAAAGUGCAGAUGUUCCAGA